UGCGGCGUACCCACGAGAAGUAAACACUAGAGUUCAAGAUAAAACCAGAGUGAUGCAACAAGAAGAGCUUGCACGCCUAUUCUCGGCGAACUUGACGCUCUCCCAACAUCUUCCUCAAGACAUUGAACCAUGUGGGAAGCAACAAUUCGCGGAGAAGCCGUCGCCGCAGCAAGCGGACGUUCCAAUCUCCUCGCCAAUCACAUAUGCUUCAACACACUACACGCACAGCUACCAUGUUGCUCCCGUUCGCCAAGCCCCCUUGGUCGGCGAGAAGACAAGCAGGAGCGCUUCUGAACUUCGGAGCAUUCUGAUAUCCAACAGCAUUGAUCCAUCACUGCUUUUUCCCUCCCAGAUUGACCUUUUCACGAACGCUGAUGAUGAUCAACGAGUUCGACUUCUGGAACUAUGGCGGAUAUCCCCUCCUUCAGGUCGCCAGGGGAUACCCGAGGGCGUGGAUUACAGUUUAUCUCGGCAGCUGUAUGACUGGCCUCCGACCAGCCUGGCUCAAGAGGAAGCCAUGGCGAAGUUACGGUACGAGAGAAUGAUGCAGGAGCGUGCCCAGAGCGAAGACGUUCAAAGAUACGAACAAGAGCUAGACCGAAGCAUGGUUGCAGAAAGCAAGCCGUCACCUGUACAAGAGCACGCGGCUGCGGAACCAUAUAUCGUCUCCGGGUACGAAAUGCUGGCCAUGCGAGAGUAUGAGAAGUCGGCACUCUCAGCAGAGCGCCAUCUCCACGAGAGCACACGAUAUAACCAGGCGACUGAUCCUGUGUAUAUCCAAACCGGUACGAACGGUGGCCGGUGGGAAAAGCACGUUGGAAGUAUUAUCGAGAUGGAGAACCAGUAUGGAGCAUUUGCACAGGCCAGAGACCAUGAUGUCCAGCCCAUCUACAUGGAUGACGAGAUGGUUAUGUGAAAUGGCCAACGGGUCCAUCGCGAGCGGGCAAGAUGUUCCCUAUCAUUCUUUUUGUCAGUUUUGAUCGCCAAUCGCCACUCCCAGAUGUUUGGUUUCAGUUCUUGCCAUGGAGCGGCGAUACCGGAGAUUUUCCUAUGUUAGGCCAGCGCAAGAACUAUGCGCCAAAUUGCGGAUUUAGAGCGAGAUUAGUAUACCCAUGCAGCAUUCCAGCGGUUUCCUGAAGGUCUUAAUAAGUUUAAAUGAUACAACAAUCCGGUUCAU